AUGGGUGAAAUAUACAACAAAAGACACAAAUACGUGAACAAUGGCGUGUUGAUAUAUGAGUGGGAGCAGAGCAUUGACGAAAUAAACAUUUACAUUAAUAUGAAUGCUAAAAUUGUAGAUAAAAAAGAUUUAGACAUUGACAUAAAAAGCAAAAGAAUACGAAUUGGACUGAAGAAUACAGAAAGUUUUUUAGAAGGAGAAUUAUGUAGUAUUAUUGAUGAAGAUUGUUCCUACUGGUUUAUUGAAGAUAAUAAUUUGCAUAUUUUAUUAACCAAAGUAAAAAAGGCAGAAAUAUGGAAUAGUGUUUUUAAAGGCCAUAAAAAUUUAAAUGCUAUUGACGAAGAUAAUACGAAAAAGCAAAUACUCUUAGAAAGAUUUCAACAGGAGCAUCCCAAUUUCGACUUUUCUUCUGCUGCUUUUAAUGGCCAGGUACCCGACGCCCGUACCUUUAUGGGCGGUGUUAAGUAUUAG